AUGAAGACUGUGCGCGUUACAACCGACAUCGAGCCCGAGACCGGCGACGCCCCUGAGUUUACCUGCGUCCCCAUGACAGCUACAAAUGACGAAGGUGCGACACUGGAGCUUGAUGAGGGAUGCACUCUGCAUUACGAACCUCCUGAAGCUACCACCACUGAUGACAGCGCCGCUCGUCUUCGUCGCGAUGUCGCAACAGCACCCGCCCACGUCAACAGAGGAAUCAACCUCUUGGGUAGACAAGUUUCCUGCACACCUUUCACAACCUAUACGAGAACGGAAUGGGAGACCGAGACCGAGACUGAAACUGGUACAAAGACCGUCACGGUGCAAGGCGAAGAUGCGACGUUCUCAUGUCCUGAGAUGGAAGUCACCAAUGAUGUCGGCGAUACGCUUGCUCUUGAUGCUGAGUGCGUUUUGUCAUUUACGCCGGCUGAACCAACGAGCUCUGAGGAGGGAGCCUCGGCACAAGAUCAGCCGACGAAUGUCCCGGCUGGAACUGGGGAGAGUACUACUACGGUGACAGCUACUGCAGGAAGUGGAGGCUCAAAUGACAAUAGUGGUUCGAUUGGGCGGGUUUCUUUGUCACUGAUGUUGAGUUUUGCGGGAAUUGCUUUGUUGAACAUGUUCAUCUAG